UUUAAGACGAUAUUCUCAGACGGAAAUCACUCGGAACAGCGCUCGUCGCUCCGAGAUGAGAGUUUUCGUGGCCAUAGCCGCGCUUUUCGUGCAUGAUGCGACCUGCGUAAUUCAAUGUGGUCGUUCCAACAACCGCUCCGGAAAAAUUGUAGGAGGAGAGAAAGCUCGCGAAGGCGACUUUCCAUGGCAGGUCCAACUGAGAAGACAUGGGACACAGAUUUGUGGAGGGUCCAUCCUCAGUGAGAAUUUCGCGGUCACUGCUGCGCACUGCGUCCAGAAUAAUCCGAGCAUCUAUUCUGUGGGUUACGGCUCGCUGAGAAAAUACGAGAAAGCCGAGGCUGUGCCCGUGAAAAGUAUUCACAUCCAUCCCGGCUGGAAACCUAAUCAGGGCCUAUCGAAUGAUAUCGCCAUUCUCAAGUUCGGAGAGCCCAUCACUCUGGACAACCGUAAAGCUGCUCCGAUCUGUUUGCCACCGAAGGCAUACAGCCCGUCUGGAAAUCUCAAAGUCUCCGGAUGGGGAAGGACUCGAGAGGGAGGGAGAACUUCGCCGGAGCUCCGAUACGUCGUCGUGCCGAUAAUCGAAGAUAGCCAGUGCUCCACCAGGUAUGGCCCGGUCUUCAACAACGCGUCCAUGUUCUGCGCGAUGUAUCCGGCCGGUGGACGGGAUUCCUGUCAAGGAGACUCUGGAGGGCCAGCGGUGGUCAAUCAUGACGGCGUUCAUUAUCUUUCUGGGGUGGUCUCAUGGGGCGAAGGUUGCGCCCGCUAUGGCGCCCCCGGAGUGUACACCCGCGUGAACGAGUUCACUCCUUGGGUCGAGGAGGUCGUCGCGGAGAACGGAGCUCCAUCAGACCUGGAACAGAUUCGGUCAACACUGAAUGAAGAAACUUUGGAGAAGAUCAAGUCGUCCAAAGUCAAGGAGCCUUAUCUCACAACUACGACUCUCGUCGGCCUGAUUCCGGACAUCCAGAGCCAAUUGCCCUCAAACCCGAUUCCCUUCCCGGAUUCGAUCCUCGGUGUCGCUGCUCAGGUCAGCAACGCUGUGGGCUGAAGACUGAUCCCUGUCAGGAAUGGCUCCGAACUUUGCAAUAAACUGAUCAUGGCCGAGAGCCCAGACCUA